AUGGAGGCGGAGGCAGAUCUACAAGAAUCGGACGAGGAUGAUCAGAAGCUGCACCUUUUUGUCGAGGUGACAAGCACUUGCUGCCCCUCAGCCAAGCGGGACGAACAGGAGUUGGAGGCUGCUGCAGAACCUAUCGGAGCAUUUACAGCUCGUGGUUCAAAGGUGGAGCUGCAGGAGAAGCUGCGCAUCUACGAGGAAAGGGCGAAACAGCAGCCACAGGAUGCAGGAGCACACUGGUCUCUCGGUGGGCUUCGGCUGGCCCUUGGGAAUUUCGCGGGCGCCGAGGGAGCCUACGCCGAGGCCGUGCGACUGGAGCCUGGUGACGAGUUCGCGCGCUUCGGCCUCGGCCAAGCGCGGGAGAAGCAGGGAAAGCUGGCGGCGGCCGCGGAGGCUUAUGCAGCUGCUCAGCAUCUCGGCUACGACGGUGGCGAGGCGCUAAAUCGAGUCAGCAAGGAGCUCGAGAGGAAGGCUGCCGUGGCGAUCCCGUGCAUUGAAGGUUAUAGAGUUUAG